GAAACUAUCUUAGACAUGUUUUACUACGAGUCCUGUGAGCGCACGAAGGAGGAGAGAAGCAUUUCGGAGAAAGAAGAUUUCCCUGUGUCAGCUUAUCUCUGGACAAAAUGGCWCGGAAUAAACUGAGAAACAAGAGCCAGUUGAUGGAGGCCGCUCUGGGAUUUGCCCUGGGAGCCGUGGGAGGAUGCAUACUGGGUGCUACGGAGGACCCGGUGGAUAGGAUAUUGUCUGCUAUGACUGCAAGUGGUCCACUGAAACCAGUGAUGGAGGAGGUCAGGGUGAUGGGUCCCCUGGGACUGGGAGCGCUUAUGGGAGCAACMGCACUGACAACAGCGAUGACAUCCGUCAUAGCAGGAGUUGUUUUGGCGGCGGCGGUARCCUCGGUGUUUGUAACACUGAGGAGCUGCAGCACCUCCAACGCAGACUCUGCUGGCUUGUGGGCAUCAGUGGGGUGUGCUGGCAUUCUAGGGACCACACUCAGCGGAGCAACAUUUGGGAAGGCAAUCGAAUGGAUUGUGAAGACCUAUGGCAUGGUGGGACUUCUGUGGGCUUUAGGCCUGUUCACCGUGCUUAAACCACCUCUUAGUGUUUUAUUCCAGCUGGCAUGGACCCAGGGAGAGACCUGUUGCACUCUAGGAGUUGAUGUCAUGUCCAGAGAGAGGGAAGACAUUGAGAUUAUUGAGUGGCAGCAGAGACAAAGGGUGGCUCUGCAAAUAGAGGAGAGGAUAUUGUCCGUAGAGAAGGGAGGUAAUGCAGAGGAUGACAGGGCGAGAUGGAUCACUGAAAAAAGAGAAAGGGAGGCGAUAGACAAGAGAAAAAUCSAGAAUAAAGAGGCUGAAAUGGAGCAAAGAACCAUCCACGACUGGAUCAACACCGUUUUGGUCAAACAAGUCGAUUUCUUGGCUUUCACAGGAAUACCAAUGGCAGUGGUUUCCUUGGUCACAUCAGCAUUGGGAUUGUUUGGCUAUGGCAGCCAUCAGGUUGUGCUUAUAGUGYUUCUGGCUUUAGUUGUCCUCAUUGCCUUUGCUCUUAUGCAAUCCUCUGACUUUAAGUUCUGGAUGUUGGUGGGGUGCAUGGGAAUGUUUGCAACCUUCAUCAUUKCCAUGCUCACGCUGCAUGCCAAGCAGGAGGCCCUWGUAACUGCUACGAAGAUGAGUCAGGCAGGGCACAAUCAGUCCGCAGAAUCCAUCAGCACUCAGAUGAACCUUCAGUCUUCCCUGGAGGCUGUGAGCACAUCCUUUUUUGGGGCAAAACUGUGUCAGCUGGGCCUGGGGGCCACAGUGGGAGGGACGUUAGUUCGCAGAGCAGCUGGCGAGGUGAAAGUUAUUGUAGGGGCCGCUUCGGUUGCAGGAGUCCUACUCCUACUACUGGAGGCUUUAGCUCCAGUCCUGAGUGACGGAGAGAUGGCGGGUGCCCUGCUGGGAGCGGUUGGAGCAGCGGGGGUGUCAGUUGGCGCAACAUCGGCGGCAGCUACAAGGUGGUCCUCAUGGCUGGGAACUGUGGGGAUGGUGGCGGGGCUGAUUCUAGGAGCAUUAGGGAUGGGAAAGUUGCAUAUUGUCAAUAUUGGGCUUCAGCUUCCUGUGGCYUUUGUGUUUGCAAUGUCCAAUCCAUUUUAACUAAAGUACUGUAUUAUAAUAGAAACUGUUACUGAUUUAUAAAUAAUUUGCAUUUACCAUGCUUUAAUAAAGUAUAUUGAAAUCA